CCUGUGCGCGCGGGUACAAGAGGGCGGCGCGGCGCCAACGCGCCAGAGCCGGCGGCCCGAGGCAGCGGCGCAGCACUCCAGCCAUGACACGCGGCCUCCAAUUCCUGCUCCUGAGCUGCGCCUGCAGCUUGGCGCCCGCCGCGCGAGACCUGAAGGUGGUUUGUUCCGAGGAUGUGGACUUGCCCUGCACCGCCCGCUGGGACCCGCGGGUCUCCUACAAGGUUUCCUGGGCCAAGCUUACGGAGAGGGGUGAAGAGGUGAUGGAGGUGCCCCAGGAAGAUCUGAGCCCAAGUGAACAGUACUAUUAUCAGAAGGAGCAAAACAGCUCGCUGGAAGCCCCCACUGAAAGGCGGUAUUCCCUGAAGAUCCGAAAUGCUACCAGCUGCAACACGGGGACUUACAGGUGCACGCUGUGGGGUCCGGAGGGGCAGAGGAACCAAAGUGGCACCGUGACCCUAAGAGUGAUAGGAUGCCCCAAGCAACACAGAGAAGUGAAUUUCAAGAAAUACAGAGCCGAGAUUGUACUGCUGUUGGUGCUGGUUAUUUUCUACUUAACACUCAUCAUCUUCACCUGUAAGUUUGCACGACUACAGAGUAUUUUUCCAGAUGCUUCUAAACCUGGCAUGGAGCGAGCUUUUUUCACAGUCACUUCCCAAAGUAAGCAUUUGGGGCCAGUGAUUGUUCAGAAGACAGAACUGGUAUGAGCAGGAUUUCUGGAGGCUAAUUUUCUUCAAACCGAGGGUUCUGUGGUGUGCCUGUCUUCCACACCGGACAAGAGAAGAAUGAACCCCACAUUGAAGAUGGUACCCUUCCUAUGAAGUCCUUCACCUGACUGGAACAUCUGAAAGUGGGUCUCACUCACUUUCUGCAGUUGAGGCUUGAAAACCAUGACGUGACCACGUCCCAUGGGGCCAUCUGCACAGUGUUCUCCAGGGCUGCCUCUUCAUGGCUCCCGUCUUAGUGUUUUGUUCAGCUGUCUAGUCAACCUCUUGGAAACUUUUUCAGUCAUACAAAAGCUAUGGGGAGAUACUGUUGGAAAAGGGUCUUGGGAAAUAUGAGUACCCCGUGACAGGCUCCUAAGGACAGCUGUCUUCUUCCACAUCUGGGAAGCAUCUCUGUGAAUAUGCUGUGUUUUGUAUCAGCCCAGCUGUUUUCUGUCUGGGAGAAAUGGACAGGCCAAGCUGUGAGACAGUGGGAAAUAUUUGGCAAAUAAUUUCCUGGUGUGAAGUCCCUGCAGUUACUAAGAAGUAUUAUGUGUACAUAGAAAUAGCAGGUCCGUGAACUGUUCCUCAGAAGGUCCUUUUCAUCUGGGAAGGACAUCCAUAAAGAAGAGUGCCACAUUUAUUUUUAUAUCUACAUGUACUUGCCAAAGAAGGAUUGUGUUUUUCUCCUUUUCAAAUCUGUAUCUACAACUGCAUAUCAUUGUUCAUUGACAAAUGCCCGCAGUAUGGAGAUUAAGAAGAAGUCAGAACUGACAAGAGGAUUAGAAGCUCUUCUCAUGACCUGCUGGCAGAUACCGGACCAACCGUGUGACUGGUUGCCCCACUACCUAGCUAUACCGUCUUGGGUCGGUUCCUUAUGGUUUCUACUUUCUGAGUUGUUGUGUGAGUGGAUUCAAAUAAUGUGUGUGAAAAUGUUUUGAAAAAGUAUAAAGCACUAUACAAAUUUGAAACUC